AGAAUUGCUUAUAACCCUCAACUUCUCUAGAUACAAUGGAGCACAAUGAUUUUGAAUUUCCACCUGAUCCUGUGCAGCAUAACUUCGCACCAUUUCCUUCUCUUCAAUCAAUCCCAAUCAGUGUGUUGGCACAAACUCCAGUAGAUCAGCUUCCUCCCACCACUGCUCCAACAGGUGGUAACUACUCGAUCCGUCAGAUAAUGCGCAGUGCUAUGUGUUUCGAGGCCAAAUCCAACCUCGGAGGCUAUCGAAACAUUAAUGCGGCCAUCGGCGCAGAUAACUCGAGUUCACAGCCUUAUAGAAGCCCGCUUGCUGAUCCCUUCACGCUCGAGUCGCCAUCCGACGUGGCCGUCGCGGGAAGAGACGGAGGUGUGCAAGAGCUUUGGCAGCGCACCGGUCGCAAUCGCCGGUCUCGUGCGGAGUGGACGGAAGGAGAGUUACGUAAUUUUUACCAUGCACUUUCGCAGUAUGGAACGGACUUUGCGGCGAUCUCGGUGCUUUUUCCAGGGAGAUCGAGGGCGGAUGUAAAGCUGCUAUAUAGACGUGAAAUGCGAAAGCACCCUAAUAAAGUUCGAGCCGCCCUUCAAAAGAAGAAGGAUAUUGACUUGGACACCUUUGAAAUGUUCUUGAAAGAAAAGCGGGCUCGUGAGCAGCCACCAAAGAAAGUUCUCGCUUUGGAAGAGGAACAACUCCUUCAGCAGAUCGCACAGGUCGAAUCACCUUCACAGGAUCAUACCUCAGGUGGUGGGGCUGUGGGGAGUGAUGUGGAUGAUUUUCUCUUGAGGGAAGCGCCUAGGGGAGCUGGCGGGGAGGGCGCCACGGCACGUCCAUCAGUUGCCCCGGGAAAGGCCAACGACAAUGCGGAGGGGAACCAUGUUCGACCAUCCUCCUCUGCCUCCGAUGACGCCCCGCAUAGGCCGUCGAAACGACCAAGAGAAGUUGACGAUAGGUGUGAUGGGGAGGCGACGCUGCUGGAGAUGGCGCUGAGGCAUCCGCAGGGGGACGAGGCGAUGACACUGGCUAAGGCAGCGGUUCGCGGAGGAUCUGAGGAGUUUGACUUUCCUCAGAGUCCCAAAGACGAGUUUGAUGAUGCAUUUUCGUUCUAG